CCUGCGCGGUGCCGCCCGCCCUUCCCCCCGCGGGCGCCGCGAGACGAUGAACGUGGAGCGGCUGAGGAGGCGCGUCCGCCUCUACAUCGACCAGCAACAGUAUCAGAGUGCUCUGUUUUGGGCCGACAAAGUAGCCUCGCUCUCUCAUGAGGAGCCCCAGGACAUUUAUUGGCUGGCCCAGUGUCUCUACCUGACAGCUCAGUAUCACCGGGCAGCCCACGCUCUUCGUUCGCGCAAACUAGACAAGUUAUAUGAAGCCUGUCGAUAUCUCGCAGCUAGGUGUCAUUAUGCAGCCAAAGAACACCAGCAAGCUCUUGAUAUCCUUGACAUGGAAGAACCAAUCAACAAAAGAUUAUUUGAAAAAUACUUGAAGGAUGAAAGUGGCUUAAAAGACUCCUCUGACUGGGAAACGUCCCAGUCCUCGAUCAAGAGUUCUAUUUGUCUUUUACGAGGGAAAAUCUACGACGCCCUUGAUAAUCGAACCCUCGCAACACAUAGCUACAAAGAAGCCUUGAAGCUCGACGUGUACUGCUUUGAAGCGUUUGACCUUCUAACGUCGCACCAUAUGCUGACAGCCCAAGAAGAAAAAGAACUUCUUGAAUCUCUACCUCUUGGCAAGCAAUGUACAGAAGAGCAAGAAUUGCUGCGGUUUCUUUUUGAGAAUAAAUUAAAAAAGUAUAAUAAGCCCAGUGAAACGCUCAUUCCUGAGUCCGUGGAUGGCCUUCAGGACAAUCUGGAUGUGGUGGUGUCUUUAGCAGAAAGACAUUAUUAUAACUGUGAUUUUAAAAUGUGCUACAGGCUGACCUCCGUAGUGAUGGAAAAAGAUCCUUUCCAUGCCAAUUGCUUACCUGUGCACAUAGGGACACUCGUGGAAUUGAACAAAGCAAAUGAGCUUUUCUAUCUCUCUCAUAAACUAGUGGACUUGUACCCUAGUAAUCCCGUAUCGUGGUUUGCAGUUGGGUGUUAUUACCUCAUGGUCGGCCACAAAAAUGAACACGCCAGAAGGUAUCUCAGCAAAGCCACCACCCUGGAGAGGACGUACGGACCGGCCUGGAUCGCCUACGGACAUUCCUUUGCCGUCGAGAGCGAGCACGACCAGGCCAUGGCGGCUUACUUCACGGCCGCUCAGCUGAUGAAAGGGUGCCACUUGCCGAUGCUGUAUAUCGGAUUGGAAUACGGCCUGACCAACAACUCGAAGUUGGCCGAGAGAUUUUUCAGCCAGGCCCUGAGCAUAGCGCCCGAGGAUCCUUUUGUUAUGCAUGAGGUUGGAGUGGUUGCGUUUCAGAACGGAGACUGGAAAACAUCAGAAAAGUGGUUUCUCGAUGCUUUAGAGAAAAUCAAAGCCAUCGGAAAUGAGGUGACGGUUGACAAGUGGGAACCUUUGUUGAACAACUUGGGCCACGUGUGCCGCAAGCUGAAAAAGUACGAAGAGGCCCUGGAGUACCAUCGCCAAGCCUUAGUGCUGAUUCCCCAGAACGCGUCGACCUACUCCACCAUAGGAUACAUACACAGCCUGAUGGGCAACUUCGAAAGCGCCAUCGACUAUUUCCACACGGCCCUGGGACUGAGGAGAGAUGAUACGUUUUCGGUCACCAUGCUCGGGCACUGCAUAGAAAUGUACAUCGGCGAUUCAGAAGCGUAUAUCGGAACCGAGAUCAAAGACAAGUUGAGGUGUUACGAUUUUGACGUGCACACGAUGAAGACCUUAAAAAACAUCAUUUCCCCUCCGUGGGAUUUCCGGGAGUUUGACGUAGAAAGACAGACUGUAGAAGAAAGUGGGAUCAUGGCGCUGGAGACGUCUCAUCCUACGAGGAAAGCCGCAGAUCCCAGGCCCCCUUUGGAAGAAACCUUUGAGAUAGAAAUGAACGAAAGCGAUAUGAUGUUAGAGACGUCCAUGUCGGACCACAGUACGUGAGGAUAGACGCUGGCCCGCCCCCCCGGUUGAUGUGAAGCGUCAUUUGAUUUCGCCGUCUGCCCCCCCAUCCUUGUCGUGUUUUGAAGAAUCUCCUAUUUUUUUAUACGAACCCGAGCGACAUCUCCACGUCGAGCGGCAGAGAAUCAUCGCCCACCUUAGGACCGGAGAGCGUACCCUCGCCACGGACUGUUCUCCGCUGUGGCCGGGCCUAAGGAGUAGGUCUGCGUAGCGGAAGAGAGAAGGUAAACCGCCUACUAGGUCUUUUAAACUGCGGAGCUAGACCCGUCGAUUGCCGGGAGGACCGCGGCGAAGGCUUCCGGGAAUCCACGGGAAGCCGUCGACGAGACGCUCCGCGUCCCCCCGCGGGGCACGUUGCGGACGGGCCGCUCUCGGGGGACGUCCUCCCGAACACGCCGCGGGGUCGGGAGCCGCGGUCGAGGGGAGCGUGGGCUGGGGCGGGCAACGACGCGAGCUGACCCGGCGCCAGUUUCCGGCCCGCGGAUUCCGUCGGGAACGGGACACACCCCCCACCCCCCACCCCACCACCACGUCGCAGGAGGACCGAAGGUGCUUCUGGAAUUCAGUUUACAGCGGCGGAAGGCUUUUAGAGCGUUGUGAAUGAUCGAACUUAACGGCUUAUCAGUGAAGCUCAUCUUGCGUCAUUUAAAAAAAAAAAAAAAAGGCCCAAGAACCAAGAAUUUUGAAUGCUGAACCAAUAUUUUAUCCUUUAAACGAUUUCAGAGGGAAGUGAUCCGUCACUCUGUGUAAGAAGCGAAAUUAAUUUUAUCAACGGCUCCUCAUUUUUACGUACAUUAAAGGGAUGAGAAAGCCUCCUGACUGCCUUAGGAAGUUUUAUGGGCGUACUCAUCGUAUUUUAGAGUGACCACACGAGCCCUUCGGGUCUUGCUUAAUUUUACAGUACGGUAAGAAAAAUGGCCAGAUACGCGAGAGGUGACGAGGCGGUUAAUGCGUACGACGUGGAUAUCCUGGGCCGCGGGCAGACAGAAAGGAUUUGAGAUGGAGACAACGAUGAACUCUUUUCACACGUCUGGUGUGAGUCAGGAGAGGUUUGGUUUUUUUAAAAAAAUAUCAACGUAGAGCACUGCAUGUGGUUUGUUUUGAUAAGGUAAAAAAAAAAAAAUCACCUGAAGGUUCGAUAGUCCGGUUUGUACGGAACCAAUCGCACUGAGCCCGUCGGGUUGUGCGGGGGACCCGGUCCGUUCCACACACGGUUUCCCGGUCCAAAGUAACGGAUGGGGUUAGGGAACCAGACAGGAGGGUCCCUGCCCUUGCUGGAAACGAGAGAGGAACACGAGACGCUUCGUAGAAAUCCGGAGCGCCCUCCCGCCGCCUCCCGUGUCGUUUACAGAGCCGGUUGUUCGAGAAACUGGUUCUGGGAAUCCGAGUUGUCUCCGUGGUCAAUUUUCGGGAAGGAGACGUCUACCACUUUGAAAAGAAUUUCUGACUCCCCCCCCCCCCACCCUCCCAUCCCCAAGGGAAACCCCAAAUCUUCCUCACGCCAAAGUUGGGGCCGCUCAGGGGGCUUAUGGAUUAACCCCACCGGACCCCACUUCUCUUCCCGAGAAGAACAGAGGUGGGUAGGAUCCGCGACUCUCCCGGCUCGAUCCAAUCCAACGCCGGUAUUUUCUGAGCCCUCACUGUGUGCGGAGCACUGGACGAAGCACUUGGGAGAGGAUGCUGUGACAGGAGUGGUAGAAACGUUCGCUGUCCGCAGCGAGUAAUCCAAGAUGUUUAUUUACUAAUGUAAUGGGCGGGUAGAUUCGGGAGUUGCAACGUAUUAUCAAAUGCCUCGUGUUUGGAAGGAGUGGAAUUUCCGGAGCAUAUUUCCGUCCCUGGGAGCUAAAAUACGAAGGUCAAGAAUACAGGGACGCCCCUCUAGGCUGUAAGCUCGUGGGCGGGGAACGUGCCUACCAACUCUGUUAUCAUCAUCGUACUCUCCCAAGCGCUCGGCGUAGUGCUCUGCACGUGGUAGGCGCUCGAUUAAUACGAUUCGGUCUUGGCAGGAAUUUUUCCGGGUGGCUCCGAUUUCUAUCUGGGCAGUGACUUCAAGCGGCUGAGAAACAGCGAGGGCCCGGUGGAAAGAGCGCAGGGCCGCAAGUCGAGACACCCGGGUUCUCGUCCCAGCUCUGCCGCUUGCCCGCCGUGUGACCUCGGGCCGGUCACCUCUCCGGACUCGUGUUUCCUCAUCUGUCAAGCGGGGAUGAAAUCCCCCUCCUUCCGCCCUCGUAGUCCACGUGGUGAGCGGAUGACAAAUUCCCUCCGCUCCUGAGCAGAGGGAAAAAACCCCCCGCAUAUCCAGGUCUCCCAGAACGUGGAGGAUCGCGUUCUUCCGUGAAGGAAAACUUGGAUUGUUGCCCUUACUGUGUCGAACGGGGUGUGUGUCCGAGCUGUUUGCUCCGACACCGUGCUGUAUUCCGACAGGCUGACGCUGUUGGCUCCACCCCGCCCAGUUUCUUAACGGCGUCCUAGUCGGAAGGCCCUGGGAAGACACACACCUGGGGAAAAAAAUGAAGUCUGUCGAUGGAACAUAUACCGACCGGGUGUAUUCCGUCCGCUCGGAAGGAUAGGUCCAUCAACCGGUGGUGUUUAUUGAGCACAUCUCGUGUGCGGAGCGCUCGGGAGAGGACGGUGUAACGUUGGGUAGACGUGUCCAGUCCGCGAGCAGGCACCUCGGCGGCAAAGCACACGAUCUCUGCUCUCAAGGAGUUUCAGUCAAUGGUAUUAAGGACUUACUGAACUAAAAAUUCACGAGAGACUUCCCUCCACCUCAUUAUAAACCUUCCCCCGGGAAAGUCCCGUCUUCAAGUGGUUUCUAGAAACAGAUGGCUCAGAAAAGCUGCUCUCUCUUCUGGUAACUCGCCCUGCCAAAAUUCCCAAUGUGUGGGUCUUGAUUUUUCUCUCUUUUUUUCCUUUGGAAGACCAGUGUGUCGACUUAGCUGUGCGUAAGCGAAUGCGUCGCUGUCCUAGAUCGGCCCGGCCCGCCGGGAGGCUCUUUCUCUUCUCCGUCGUCCCCCACCUACGCAGGCGGCAUCGGGAUUUGGCGGGCUCCGCGUAGAACCGCCCGACGUCGUUUUUGCCGUUAGCAAUGUUAGCUGAGCGUUUACUCGGUGCGAGAUGCCCCCCCCCUCCCCCCGGGGCCCGCCGAUACAAUGAUGUUGUUUUCUCUCGUCUCCGUUACCCAGGUCUCUCUCGACUGCCUCCGAGAACUCCAAAAUGUUGAAUAAAAGUGUUUUUUUUUCCCCCGAGA